GCUAAAGCCGGGAGUAUACCGGGGGAUACAGGAUCUGUGGCAACCGCGACUAUGGUUCGGCGCCAAAUGCCGCCGCGCGCCUGCAAGAGCAAGAGCCAGAGCGCCGCCAGGCCCAGUCUUAGUCCCAGCCGCCUGGCCAAGAAGCCCAGCCUGACGCCGACCACCGGUUCUCAGGCGCCAUCGCAGACCAUCGCAAAGUCGAGGCCCACCGGUCUCGAGACGAUUUUUGAACGGCCCGGCAAUGAGGACGACGGGCCCACCAGCAGCCAUGCCGUGGCAUUCGGCGAGUGCAAGCGCCGCGUCCUCGCCCUGGGUACGGGCGGAAAAAAAGAACCCUGUCGCAGAAGAGCUGCCUGA